GGUUCUGAGGUUCCUUCCAGACAAGAAAGGUCUCUCAUAGGUGAUAGGUUCAUAGGAGUCUCUUUCCUUUUGUCUUGUCUUCUUGAAACCUACCCAAGCGCACGAAGACAUCGAGCAAGCAAAGUGAGACUGUGAAGACUGAAGAGUGAUAAGAGAGAGUGCAUCGAAACUUGCCCCUUUUAUUGUUUGUUUCCCAGCACGAAUCCCAACUCCCAAGCCCAGGAGAGAGAUGAACAUGAAUCAGAGAGUGAAAGGUGGGCACCUGGUCAUUAAUGUAGGAAGCCUAAUGGGUAUAUAUCAAAGGGCAAAGUGAAACCCAAACUCCAUCUUCUCUGUAGAGAUUUUCUAGGAUUAAAUUAUUAUGAUUAAUGGCUUCACAACCCUUUUCGUAACUGUACUGUUGCUCUUCUUCUUCCAAUGAAUCCUGAUGGUCAAAAUUACUGCUACUCUCUCUCUCUCUCUAUCGGUGUCAUCCAAUUGCGUAAGAUUGCCCCAUUUAUUUACAUAUUGUAGUACGAUAAAUUGACUGGCUCGGAACUCGGAACUCCGAACUCCGAACUCGGAAUACGAGAAACAGAGCAGAAAUCGCUCUUUAUUGAGGAGAUGCAGGGCAAGUUAUUUCCUUUGCUGGGUUUAAAUAUGUUGAUGGUUCGAUACCCUAGCUAUUAGCUAGAAAAAGAAAGAAUACCCAAUUUGUUGUUGCAGAUUAUUGAUCUAAAUAGCUCCAAACAUCCCCGGAAAAAGAAAUUUUCUGGUUUUGUGAGGUUUGUGAUGGGGGACGGUUAUUCUCUUCGUCAAGGUAGUAAUAGCAUUAAUAACAUCAAUAAUAGUACUAACGGUUAUGUAGCAAACACGACGACGAAGAAAAAGAAGUCCAAGAAGAAGAGCAGUGGUAAGAAGAAGAAGAUGGCUGUGGAGCAGAUCUUUGCUGCUAAAUCUGUGUCCGAAUGGGUUUUACUCGAUUCUCCUUCUGUUCCAUCUGUUGAUGAUUUCGGCGGGGUCCCGAAGAGCCAUACGCGAUUUGCGGAUAAGGUGGUCUUCGAGUUGCAUUGCCAUUCCACUUGUAGUGACGGGUUCCUGUCGCCUUCUGCGGUUGUUGAGCGAGCUCAUGGAAAUGGAGUGAAAGUGCUUGCACUGACUGAUCAUGAUACCAUGGCUGGCAUCCCAGAAGCAUUGGAAGCAGCUCGGAAAUUUGGCAUCAGGAUAAUUCCAGGUGUUGAGAUUAGUACCAUAUUCUAUCCAAGAGGAGAAUCUGGAACUGAAGAACCAGUUCACAUCCUUGCUUAUUACAGCAGCUGCGGACCCUCAAGAUUUGAAGAGAUGGAGAAAUGCUUAGCUAACAUAAGGGAUGGCCGUUUCCUCCGUGCAAAGAACAUGGUUUCAAAGCUGAACAACUUGAAGAUGCCCCUUAAGUGGGAGCAUGUUGCCAAAAUUGCAGGGAAUGGAGUGGCUCCUGGGAGGUUGCAUGUGGCUCGUGCAAUGGUGGAAGCUGGCCAUGUAGAAAAUCUGAAGCAAGCUUUCAACCGAUAUCUAUAUGAUGGUGGACCUGCCUAUUCUACGGGUAGUGAGGCUCUUGCAGAGGAAGCAGUUCAAUUGAUAUGUCAAACAGGGGGUGUGGCAACAUUAGCUCAUCCAUGGGCAUUGAAGAACCCUGUUGCAGUUAUCAGGAGAUUGAAAGCUGCAGGUCUUCAUGGGAUUGAGGUCUACCGAAGUGAUGGGAAACUGGCAGCAUUCAGUGAGUUGGCUGAUACUUAUGAUCUUUUGAAACUCGGAGGAUCAGACUAUCAUGGUAAGCGACGCCAUGAUGAGUCUGAUCUGGGAAGUGUGAAUCUCCCUGUGUUAGCUCUGCACGAGUUCCUUCAGGUAGCGCGACCUAUUUGGUGCAAUGCUAUUAAAGAUGUACUGCAGUGUUUUGCAGAGGAACCAUCUGAUGCAAGUCUGGAGAGGAUUGCGAGGUUUGGGAAGAUCAAGAACCUCAAGGGUGCUUCAUUGAGUUGUUGCAAGGAUGUGAUUGACAUGUGCCUGUCCUCAUGGUUGACAAAUGAGGAAAGACAGACCAUUGAUGUGGAGACACUCAGGUUGAAGCUUUCCUGUGCUGUUGUUAAUCAGAGUGCCCUCGAGGUGCCAGUAACAAGUAUAUAGUUCUUUUACUGGUUAUUUGUUUCCUAAAUAAUUAUUUCCCUUCUAUUUUCCCUUUUUUCCUUGGACAUUGCUGGCAAUUCUAAUUUCAUUCAAAAUAUUCUCUGCUAAAGUAGGUGGGUCUCUGUUGAGAACCACUAGAGCUUUACCUUCUCUUCUUGAAAUGUUUUAUUGAAUUUAUCAUUUAUUCUUCGGAAUUGGAUAUGCAUAUAAACAAAUGUUAAACUUGCAUUAUUUUAUUCCAUUUUAUUUUUUAUUUGCUGGCAGUGUUAUUCAUAUUCUAAAUGC